AUGUCACGCGCGCUGCUGCUGCUGGCGCUCCAGGCGGCGCUCCUCACAUCACGCGGCACGCGUGCGGCACAGGUGUUCGUUAUCGCCGACACCGACAACCAAACACGGACUAUCAGCGAUGCCGCCAAGGAGACCAUAGCAGAGGCUAACUUUAUAGCGCUAGACGGACACAAUGACACGCUCGCGGACUCCGAAGACGACCACGAACCUGUGGUCCGGAAGAAACGUACCUUUGGCGACAUCGUGUUUCGAGGACUGGCGGAUGUUCUAGGAUAUAACGUUGCUAGAAAACCACCUCAGGUAGUUUUUCCCCCACCGUUGGCUCCAGUGCCCGGUAUUGAUGGACCGCUACAAGCUGUCGCCGUCGUGCCGGUGCUAGCAGCACCAGCACCCCAGGCUGGAGCGCCGGCGCCGGCGCCCUGUGGACGAGCUGUGGCGCCGUGUGCACCUCCGCCGCCUCCACCGCCACCGAAACAGACUCAGCCACCUUGUCCGAGACCGCGAGCCAAUCCCAGACCUCGGCCCAAACCACGGCCCAGACCGACAACACCUGCACCGCCACCGCCUUGUGCCAGACCUCGAGCUAACCCGUCAACACCAGCACCCUGCACACCACCAGCCCCGCCGCCGGCACAACCGAAGGCUGAUUCUAACCUGGAGACCAUCUCCUCUAACUUCCGUCUCAACUUUAAUUUUAACAGAGCUCCGGCUACAUCAGCACCUGUCGCGCCAACAGCUGCCGCGGCGACCGCCGACGAUGAACAAGAGGAGGAUCAGGAACAGGAGCAGAUCGCACCGGUCGCGAUACAACCACGCGCAGCGAAGUUGCCUCAAGAUCCACCACGUAAGCCUCGAGUUUAUUUGGAUGCGUUCGUAGUUCGUAAUGGGGUCCCACAAAGAGUUCACACUGUCGACGCUCAGACCCUCAACAACGCCCAGGCUGACGACGACUAUUUAAUUUAUGAUGAUGAACAACAGCAGCAAAAUUCGGAUGAUGAUGACGAAUACGUUCAAGAGUCUCGAGAUCGUGCUAAAGCGGUUAAAGAAUUCGGAACCGCCGUUGAUCGCUUCUGGGAACAAAAACAAAAACCAAGUAGAAAACUUCCUGCCAAUGAUUAUCGUAAUGUACACUUUGGUGAUAGGAAUUUAGCGAAUCAAAUCAUACAACUUAACGACGAGAAACUGCAAACACUUCAAAAAAGAAAACCAAAAGCUAAUCGUAUUCCUUCACCGAAACCUCAAGAAGAUGAUGACGACGAAGGCGAAGUAACUACAACCACACAGGAUCCACGACGGCCAUUAAAACCGCGCGUCUUGCCUCCGACCGAGCAAAACCCGAAUCAGAUCGAUACGGUAACAGUGAGAGUUCCUCCAAUCUACAAAGAGAAGCGGCCAAAGAAAUUACACCGCGCCAGAACGGAAAGACCAGAUAAACACGAAGAGGAGACAGCUGUCGACUCGUCCGACGAACCCGAAGACAACUAUGAUUCAGACACGGAAGACAGUUCACCGAUUGAGCAAACGGAACCUCCGAGACGGAAACGAAGACGGAAAAAUAAGAGAAGGGCUCGUUCCGUCUCCAGUGAGGCUUAUUCAGCAGGGGACUAUGACUACUACGGCAACAAAUUACCAAUGUCAGAGGAGGAAGAAUUCUUCCGAGGACUCACGAUACCGCCUCCGACAAAAGACGCGGACUUGGCGCGCUUAGAGAAAGGUGACGAUGACGAAAAACACUUUUUAGAUGACCAUGAGCGGCUGACAGACGACCCAGAAAAAAUUAAAUAUGAUAACGACAACAAGAGCAACGACGAGGACACCGAAGAAGACCGAGCUGAUGAAUCAGAGAGAGUCAACAGCGAAGAAAAAUCCGGGGAUGAUGAAGAGCGGACCGGAGAUAGCGAGCGGGCAGACGAGGUCGAGCGAUCUGACCGACUGAGUCCCCACGCGAAGGUCAGAGAGACAGGUUACCAGAACAAAUACGUGAGAGCGAGCAACGUCCAGGUCGAUAGUCCGAACCCACUCGUCGCCACCAUCAAGAGGAAAACUAACAAACUAGCAGCGUGA